AUGCACAAAGUUCACAAGGCUCUCAAAACUGCUCAGCAAGCAUACAAUAUGCUACAAGUAGACUGUAACUGCACCCUCAAGAAGACAUCUGCACUUAAUACCAAGAUCACCACCCAAGGGAAGAUGUAUGCACUAUUCUAUCAUUUCUGGGUUAUCCCUGGUAUAUUCCCAAUGACUCCCCAGCCUGAUGUUGACCUGUGUAGUCCUACACAUUGGGCUUCUCCUGAGGCCAAGCUCAAUGGCACUACAGCAGAAUUGUACCAGUGUGUGCCCAAGGAUCUCUAUAAGUCUAUGGAGAAGUACAUGCCAUUUGAUUCUCUGUUUUGCACUGCAGUUAGCACAGAGCAUUCAAAUAUCAUACACACUAUCAAGAGUUGUGCAGGCAUUAUUUUCUCAGCACUCAAGCUCAAUCCGUCACUCUUUGCAUCUCAGACAGAUGUCAGGAAGUGGGACAACAACAACAACCUCAUUUUACUGAAAAGAAAUGGCAAGGAGGAAUAUAUCCAGUUGGCACCUGUUCUAUUCACAAGACCUGAUGCAAUGACAGCUGAUGAGUUCCUCAAGAGUUCAGUCCUUGUCAAAAUUGUUCAUGUUGAGAUGUAUGGGAAGAAGAUCCUUUCUGGGAAGAUCAAAGGUCAAAAGGCCAGGGGACAGCAUUGCAAUGCACAGUGUGUAACUGAAGGAUUGAUUGUGGGCACCACUGUUAUGGCACGUUUUUUGUUGAUGCACGAUCCUGAAUUCACAGUGAUUGGUGCAGAGACCAAGAUCAACUACCAAGCUGAUUAUGAUUUCUACUUAGAGCACCUGUUCAAGUGCACACCAUGGGCCUGUAGUGUCAUGGACUACUUCAACAAGGAGGUUUUUGGCAUCACCAACCAGUCUUGUGUACCAGCCUCUAACAACUCUCCUACUGCCUCUCCAUCUUGA